CAUUUCACAUAAAAUAAUAUAAUUUUAGAUAUGGCACCAAGGCAACUCGAAGCAGGCGACCACAUCUAUUGUCCAAGAAACUUAGGUCUAUAUUAUCACCAUGGAAUAUAUGUGGGCGGCGACAUGGUGAUUCAUCUCCGAGGAAAAGGAAAGAAACUUAGCGAGCCAUCUUCAUGCAAGAAAUGUGGAAACAAGCGAUUCAUCAAUGGCGAAAUAGCCAGAGUAUGCAUCAAUUGUUUCCUCGAAGGAGAAACAGUUCGGAUCUAUGACUAUGGAGUUUCUGUUAUUGAAUUCACUUUCAGAAAAAGCGGCACCUGCUCUCGUAUCCCGUCCAAGCCUCCCCAUGAAGUUAUCACGACUGCCGUCUUUUUCCUCGAAAAAGGGUACGACCACUACGACGUGAUCUUUAACAAUUGCGAGGACUUCGCCACGUAUUGCAAGACGGGAACCGCCGCGGGCAGCCAGGUUGCAGGCCGUAUUGCUGCUGCCGCCAUUUUGCUCGCUCCUGCUCCUGCUGCCGUUCCUAUUGUCGGAGCUUACUUGGCUACGAAGGCAAUAACCGCCAUCAUAAAACCCCGUUAACAAAACGGUUCGAACAUAGAUGGAUCGAGGGAUACUGAAGUUCGAGCUUGUCGUCAACUUCUGCUACUGAUGCACGAGUCUUAAAAGUAUUAUAAUAACUCGAAGAAGGCAAA